AAGUCAUUUGCAACACAUUUUAACAAGUCACUGGCCUCCUUAUAUGAGACGCCUUUUUGUAAAGUAAACUCAUUCACGUCACUCGGCUGGAGGAACUUCAACUGUCCAGAGAAGAUCAGCAGCUGAGGGACACACAAGUCGGCUACAGAAACUGAACAACAUGCAGCGACAGGAAAUCCAAUGGGGGGACGCCAGAGACCCCUGGUGCAAAUCACAAGCUCACUUGGACAAAGUCUUGGAUGAAAGUAGAAUGGCAGAGAGACAACACACAAACACAGGGAGACAAUGACACGGCCGGAGACUGAAUGAAGUUCUUCAACUUGUGAGGCAGCCGCCUUCAUGUAAAGUAAAGUCACCCGCCCUUGACGAAUGUAAAAUUCUUGUUAAUAAUACUGACUAGCAUCAUAAGUGAAACUGGAAGUUCUAACCAUUUUGGUUGUCAGUAAGAGGAAGUCAUUUGCAACACAUUUUAACAAGUCACUGGCCUCCUUAUAUGAGACGCCUUUUUGUAAAGUAAACUCAUUCGCGACACUCAGCUGGAGGAACUUCAACUGUCCGGAGAAGAUCAGCAGCUGAGGGACACACAAGUCGGCUACAGAAACCGAACAACAUGCAGCGACAGGUCUCACCACUGAAGAUGCUCCUCCUGAUCUUUUUGGCCACAGUUUCAUGUGCAGACGGUUGGAGUCAAUGGGGGGUCACUUAUGAGCCGAAGACGAUCUGCGCGGCUGAAGGAUCAACGGUGACGAUUGGUUGUUCAUACUGGCAUCCAGAACAUAUUAAAGUGAAAUAUGAAAUAUGGUUUAAUGAUCCUAUUAUGAAAACAGCAUACAUAAUACUGGAGAGAACACCGUUUAUCACACAAAUGUGCAGAGCGUGGCCAGCAGAUACAGAAACCGAGUUCAGUUCUUGGGGGACAGAAACAAAAUCUGCUGUGAGGAUCAGCGAUGUGAGAACAACAGACAGCGGAUACUACAAGUUUAGAUUUGUGGGAUAUGGAGAUGGACUAAAAUGGACUGGAGUGCCGGGAGUCAGGGUGACAGUCACAGGUCUAAAGAUUAAAGCAACAGCACAGACAGUGAAAGAAAAUGACGAGGUGACCCUGACAAGUACAACGACCUGCAGUCUCACCAACGGGGUCUUCUGGUACAGAAAUGAACAACGUUUAAGAGAAACCUCACAGACGCUUGUCAUUCAGCGAGUCUCCUACGAGGACCACGGCAGUUACUGGUGUCAGACUGGAGUCACGAAGUCCCCAGCAUAUCAACUGAAUAUCGUGUAUGCCCCCAAGAAUGUUGUCAUCUCAGGACUGCCCACCAUUUGUAUUGAAGAAGGGACGUCUGUGACUUUACACUGCACUGCCAUUGCAAACCCGCCUGGCACCUACACCUGGGUGAAGGACAACAUCCGCAUACCAGGAUCAGGAGAACAUCUACAGAUCAGCAGGGCUAGCGUGAGAGCUGCGGGGUCUUAUCACUGUGAAGUCACAAACAUCUACGGGAUGAUAAAGUCUGCAGCUGUCACCCUGGUGGUAAACCGUCUAAAGAUUGAAGCGACAGUAGAGACAGUGAAAGAAAAUGACACGGUGACACUGAGGUGUACAACGACCUGCAGUCUGCCACACAGGGUCUUCUCCUGGUACAGAAAUGGACAUCCUGUGUAUGAAACCUCAGCGCUGCUUGUCAUUCAGCGAGUCUCCUUAACACACAACAGCAGUUACUGGUGUCAGACUGGAGUCACGAAGUCCCCAGCAUUUCUACUGGAUGUCCAGUAUGCCCCCAAAAAUGCCGUCAUCACAGGACAGGCCAAUACGACUAUAGAAGAAGGGGAAUCAGUGACUUUAAACUGCACAGCCUCAGCAAACCCACCCAGCAACUACACCUGGGUGAAGGAGAACAGCAGCCAUGUAGGUUCAGGAGAACAUCUAAAAAUCAGUGAGUUUAAUGUGAAUGACGCCGGCUCUUAUCACUGUGAGGCCACAAACAUCCACGGGACAGCAAAGUCUGCAACGGUCAAGCUGACAGUAAAUGUGAACUCGAGCACGAAUUACGCCUUCUACUCCUUGUUGAUCGUUCCUCUUCUAGCAGCUUUGGCUUUAGGAGUUUUUAUAUUUCUAAGGAAAAAGACAAAGAAGACAAAUCAGCAAAAUAGAGAUGGCCAGGGAGGGAGAGAGACUGCUGCAGAUGAUGUUUAUUAUAAUUUGUGUGAACCCACAAAUACACCCAAGCAGCAGAAUGAAGAGCAAACCCUGAGUUACGCAAGUGUGCAGUUUAAGGCUAAGCCUGAUAAAAGAAUGAAAGCCAAAGAACACGGAAAGAAGACUGAAGAUGGCAAUCAAGAUAUCAUCUACAGUUCAGUGAUUUGCAUCAAUGACUCUCCAGAUAGGCCACUACUGACUGCAGGAAGCCCAGUAAAGGAAGGAGAAUCUACCAGUCUGAGAUGCAGUGCUCCAUUUUUAUGCCCUAAACAACCCCCCUCUCUGGCUUGGAGUGACACUCUGAACGGGACAGUUCACCAGACUGUGGAAACCGGAAUUAAGGAGGAUCGUUCUGUGUCAUCGCUCCUCACCUUCACGACCUCAUAUCAUCUCCACAUGAAGGACAUCAUCUGUACAGUGUCCUACACCGUGGAGACUGAGAAGAGAAGUGCAGCGCAGAGUCUAACACUUAGUGUCUUGUAUGCUCCAAGAGAAACAUCAAUCCACCAUACUGACCAAAUAUUUAUGGGGCAAUCAUUAACCCUCACCUGUAAUGCCAGUGCAAACCCAACUGCCAACUUCUCGUGGUUUCAAAUAAAUGGAGCCUCAGCCUCGCUGAUAGGACAGCAACAGGAAGUGACCCUCGUAGCAGUGACCCCUGGUGACAGUGGCCGGUAUUACUGUCAGGCAGAAAACCUGUAUGGAAAGGACAACUCAAAACCAGUCAUUCUGAAUGUGCUGUUUCCCCCUAACAACACCACUGCCAGCUUAAAUUACACGACUGGCAUAAAGGAUGGUGACCCAGUAGCGCUGAUCUGCAGUUCCAGUGCCAAUCCACUUGCCAGAUACUCCUGGUUUAAAAUAACUGAAGCUGCCAUCUUACUGAUGGGAUCAGAACGGAGUUUGACGCUCACAGCAGUGACCCCUAGUGACAGCGGGAGGUAUUACUGUCAGGCACAAAACUCACUUGGGUUGGAGAACUCAACAUUCGUAUUUCUGAAUGUGCUCGCAGAUACGAAGACAGAAAACAUCUCAUUUUUAAUCAGUGGGAUCUGUGUUACCGUUGUUGUGGUUAUUCUGGUGGUCUUAUGCGUGGUUGUAAAUUCAAAAAGAAGAUCGGCUACAUCAAGCACAGACCACUCUCCAGUGACCAGUGCCCAAAACAUGAAGCACGUCACUCCAACGCAUGCAUUCACGGCAGUGUAUGUGAACAGUCAGGCUAUCAGAAACCAAAUGGAGGAAGAAGAACAAGAUGACAAUACACAGUACGUCUAUAUUGAUUUCCAGAGACCAAAGAAUGUCAAAGACAGAACAAAUCUGGAGGAAAGCAGUGCAAUGACGAGAAGACCCCCUGAAGAUGAGACUCUGUAUGCUGAUAUCAAACACUGACGUUCAGCAACGGAACCAGAACAUCAGAAACAGGACGGAAAGAGCGGCUCAGUCGUUAGCACCGCGGCUUUUAGGGUCAGGCAUCCUGGGACAGAAAGUAAGACACAAGGUGAACUAACAGAAGGUGGUCUUUACUUGUAACACUUCAUGUCACUAGGCAGGAAGCAGACACGAUUCUGAAAGGGGAUUUUCCACAUUUCUGUUAGUCUACUGAGUCUACGCAGAAUAUUUUCCAGUUCCAUUAGGUGACGGGUAUUUUGGAACAUUUUUAUCAGCGGGGAAGAUGGAAACAUUUGAAUGGAAAUUGAUUUUCCCUGCUUACAUAAUUCAUGCAGAUGUUUAAAAAAAAUGAAAGUUGUCAUAAUGUAAUGCAAAGUAAAAUAUGAAGAGUUUGUAUUUAAUUUUCAUGCCUUGUCUGUGUUGUCAUGUCUGACACAUUGAGGACGCGUUGGUUCAGCCGACAGAGGACUCAUUAAAACAUAAAUGACGGACAAACUUCCAGGCGUUCUUUUAAAUUCAUAUUUGAAUAAUUUACGCAUUGUGUGCAGGCAAUACAGAUAAAAGCUUAUCUGGUCAUAGUAUUGAUAUCAUGGAAGUGUGAAUUAAAGGCUUGGCUGUUUGUAACGCAACUGGAAUCACAAAAUCAUAAAUUACAGA